AUGAAAACCCAGCUCUGGUAUAACACCCUGGGGUACUGCAAUCAAUGCCAAGAAAGUCCCCAGGAUGCUGAAGACUUCCUACUCCUACUGCUGGGCCUCAUCAUUCUUGUCAACAUUGGGAUCAACAUGGCAACUGCGAUGUGGUAUGGACUCCAGAAUGCCUUAGACAAGAUGAUCAUUUGGAUUAAUCAGAAAAGUGAAAUCUUUCAGGCUUGUGGAAGUUCCCCCAAAGACACCCCAGCCAAGGUCCAAGAUGUCCACAUUCACUGCACCCUGGACCCUGUAGAAGUGAAGAUGACCCUGCCCACUUGCUACUCUUCCUCCUACCACAAUUUCUGCAACCUCAGCGGCCAGCGCCCACACCAUAAUCACCACCGCCGCUCCCCCAGCAGCCACCGGCAGAAUCCAAAGAACCACAGACAAUUCCCCAACAAUCGCUCAGUCUUCCAUAGCCCACAUCACAGCCACAAGAUAUCACAGCUGCGACCAAUGCCCUCUUUUGAUCAGAAGGACCUGGACUCCUUCCUGGAGGAGGAGGAGGAUGACCUAUCCUUUCCACAUCCCAAGUGCCCCCAGCGGGGCUGGGGAGGGCUCUACCAGCAAAAGGCAAUGCCCUCCAACCUGGGGCUGUGGGGCCGCCAGGGUGGGAUCCUGGCCAGCUUGCCACCACCCUCCCUCUACCUGUCAUCCGAGCUGCGCCGCAUGCCCAAGCGCGUGGAGGCCAAGUCAGAGUUGAGGCUGCGGUCCUACAGGCCGCACUACUCACAGUCCUGCAUCUGGGGCAAUAUGGAGGCUGAGCAGUGGACCUGGUCACCACCACCUCCCCACCGGCUGCCCCCUAACCCCACCUGGGUCCCUGUGGGGCACAGCCCUUACCCCUCCAAAGGCCGGCUACUGUAUGACUCCUGGGAUCAGCGGCGGCGUGGUCUGGAGAGCUCUGAGCCUCCAUCUGCCCUGGUGCCCCGGAGCUCCCGACCUGAGGCUCGGGAGCACUGUGCCCCACAGUCCCACCGGCAGAGCCUCCCUGGCCAUUCUUAUAGCCAGCCCACCCGCAGUCCCCACCCAUCCACAGGACACCUGACCUGCACCUCCCGGGAUCCCCAUGAGGUACGCCGCCGGGCGACUGAAUGGGGUGAGGUGCUGCCCACUCAGCACCCUCUGACUACAUCCACCUCCCUCACUGUGUUGGGCGAGGUCUCGUACCAACGGGCCCUGGCUCCCAGCUCAGCCCUGCUCCCCCAUUCCUCCCAGCCCCUACCUGAAGUCCAGGGUACUGAGCCCACCCCACCUCCGCACAUCUUCAGGCCACUCAGCAGGAGCCCGGGGGACAAUGCGAACUACCAUGUGUAUGACAGCCUGGAGCUGAAGCGGCAGGUGCAGGAGAACAGAGCACGAGCCAACUCAGUGCCACCACCUUCCAGCUCAGCCUCAAGGCCCUCUUUGCACAGGAGCCGGAUGGGAAAACUUCACUAA